AUGGAAGAUGAAUCGGGAAGAAAGAGAAGAAGGCUGCAUAACUACAAGGAGGAGGAUGAGAAGGCAGAGACAUUGGAAGAAGAACCUGCAGCAAAGAGAAGAAGACUGAACCACAUCGAGAAGGAGGAGGAGGAGGAGGAUGAGAAGGCGGCGAGGAAGGCAGACUGCAUCAGCGGUCUGCCGGACCAUCUCCUCCACGAAAUCCUCGCCUGUCUUCCCACCAGCAUUGCCGCCUGCACCUCCCUCCUCUCGCGGCGAUGGCGGACGCUCUGGACGACGUCCCCCGACCUCUCCUUCACUACCCGCCUCCCCCCCUCCUUCGUCGACUCCGUCCUCCACCUCCGCGACCCCGUCGUCCCCCUCCGCUCCUUCUCCCUCUCCACGUCCGACUACGCCGUCUCCGACCCGGCUCGCGCCCGCUCCUGGAUCGACUAUGCCGCCCAUUACUCCACCUUGCAGAACCUGAAGCUGAAACUCGUUCUCACCGACAGCAUCCCCGCUUUCCGCUCCUUCCGCCUACCCCCGGCAGUCUUUAGCCUGCAGCAUCUGCGAGUGCUCCAACUCCAACUCCCGAGAGUAGUACCACAUCUCAAUUGGCCCGCCACCGCUUUCUUUCCUUCUCUGCAGAGGCUCGAACUCGCUGACCUUGACUUAAGCCUCGUCGCGGGGGACGCGAUCUCGAAGAGCUGCCCGGCUCUCAAGUGUUUGGAGAUGUCGCUCUUCUGUGGGCCUCCCCAGCUCGACGUGAACUGCCCGCUCCUCGAGGUUUUCGAGCUGAGGACGCACGUCGGGCUGGCGGGGGGGCGNGUGAACUGCCCGCUCCUCGAGGUUUUCGAGCUGAGGACGCACGUCGGGCUGGCGGGGGGGCGCGUCAGGGAGGUGCGGGUGCAGCAGGAGCUCGCGGGCUCCGCACCGGCUUACCUGAAGCUGUCGACGCCGAGGCUCCGAAUUUUGGAGUGGCUCGGCCCGCCGCCGCCGCGCUCGAUCACCAUCUCCACCCCCCUCCCCCCCUCCGGAUUCACUUAUCUCGUCCACCGAGACGACGCCACCGCCGAACGCACUGCUUAA